CUAUGUUGAUGAUAUUGUUCUCACUGGCAGCUCUUCUACUCUCAUCUCAGAAGUUACUCAGGCCAUGCACCGUGACUUCAAGCUCAAAGAACUUGGACCUCUUCAUUACUUCCUUGGCAUUGAGGUUCAGCGCACGCAAGAUUCUAUACUUCUCCAUCAAUCCAAAUAUGCCCGUGAUCUUCUACGCCGAGCUGGGAUGUCCGACUGUCAUCCGGCUAUUACUCCUAUGGCUACGAGACCUAUCACUAAGCCUUCGUUGCCUUUCAAGGAUAUUUCUCAUUUUCGGAGCAUUGUUGGCGAGCAGCUAGCAGACAUUCUUACCAAACCGCUUCCGCCAGUUCCUUUUGAGUACUUAUGUUCCAAGCUGCCCCUCGUCUCCGUUGAUCAGCUUGCGGGGGGAUAUUAGGAAGUAUAAUUAAAUUAGGAUACUUCUUUCCUUUCCUACUAGGAUUAUUCUUUCCUUUCCUACUUGUACUUUGAUUACUCUUGUAUUCCCUAUAUAUAGGGCCAUAUCUCUCAAUAUUCAAUAAGACAAGUUAUUAUCAAAUUGUAUCAAUAUAGAAUAUUUUUUAAUCUAAAUUUAUAUAAGGUAAAUAUCAAUAUUUUAAUCUAAAAUAUAAGGUAUGGAAUGUG